CGGUGGGGGGUACUUGCCUGUAUGUGAUCAGCUAUAGUCAUUCAAGAGUGAUUAUCAUUAGGUAUACCGUAGUCGGCGUAUUUCCCAUAGCCAUCGGGAUUGGCCUCAGCCUCAGCAUCGCGCUUGGCAGCUCCGUACUUGCCGUAGUCGGCAUACUUACCAUAGCCACCCUUGGGUGGUGGGUAUGAGCCUGGACGAUGUCAGUACCUCGAAUAGCAUUGGGAGAAAGCAGCAUACCGUAGUUGGCGUACUUUCCGUAACCGGUGUCAGUGGGUGCUGCUUCGGCCUCAGGCUGGGCAUCUGGAUUGGCGGUGGGGGCGGCAGUGACCGCAGCCGCAAGGGCGAGAAGAGCGAACGCGUACUUCAUCUUGAAGAGUGUGAAUGUAGAAAUGAAGACAAUAAUGAUCCGAGGCUGUUAUUCGAGAUAGAACCUCUGAGUUGUUGUGGCGUGAUGGCUUCCAGUGCGAAGCGGGCAGAGCUUCAUAUACUGAUUCCAUGGUCGUAUAUCGAGGCCUCCGUCACUCAGCUUAACCUCGCUAACGUUGUCUUGGACAGUCAGACCGAUCAGCGGUGCUAUCCUUCACAGACUCAGUGUUGCUCACUGACGAAGUCAUCGUCGUGCAGCACUAACGCUGGAUUUAUCGAUUGCGGGAUGUUUAGUGCUCGUAUGGCUUGCGCAUGCCAUCACGACGUCAAGGUUUUGCCUGAUGGGGGCGGAGUAGCCGUCGGCUUGCCGUGCAUCCAGACGCAUAUAGCCAUGUCUUGCACUGGAAGGUGGUGAAGGGCGUGCUAGUAGUCUGAAAAUAGACCGAGCUAGCUGCCCUUGGUAGCUGUAUAGCGCAGGUCUUGUUCGUAUGCUCUUUCCGGGGUUUCCGCAUGGCGA